GGCAUAUAGAAAGAACCCUGCCUAUAACACAAACUCUACUUUGACCUCAUCGUACCAGCCCAGACGCCCGCCCAGCUAUGCCUCCCCAACUCUUCAUUACCGGUAUCACGGGAUACAUUGCUGGCGAUGCAUUCUACGCCAUCCACAAAGCUCAUCCAGACUACAAAUACGUCGCCUUGAUCCGCACUGAAGAGAAGGCCGGCAAGGUUCGAGCGGCCUAUCCCGACGUUCGGGUGGUCAUUGGCGGCUUGGACGACAGCGCCAUCAUUGAGGAGGAGUCUGCCAAGGCAGAUAUUGUGCUCCAUGCCGCCGAUGCCUCGGAUCACGAAGGCGCCGCCAAGGCAAUCGCAGCGGGUUUGCUGAGAGGUCACAGUGCACACAAGCCCGGCUUUUGGCUGCACACUGGCGGCACGGGUAUCCUGACCUACUUUGACUCCAGCAAAGAACGCUUUGGUGAAGAGCCCGAACGCGAGUUCAAUGACUAUUCUGGUGUCAAAGAACUGACGACACUUCCUGAUGAGGCCUUUCAUCGCAAUGUCGACAAAAUCGUUCUUGAAGCAGGCACAAAGCACGGCGAUGUGAUCAAGACUGCUUUGGUUUGCCCGCCAACCAUCUAUGGUCGUGGACGUGGCCCAGUCUCUGGACGCGGAAGGCAGGCAUACGAGCUGACAAAAACCAUCCUACAAAAGGGCUAUGCCCCCAUCAUCGGCCAAGGCAGAGCCCACUGGGACAACGUACACAUCCACGAUCUAUCCGAGGUGUUUCUCGCUUUAGUCGAUGUUGCCGUGCAAAAGAAACUCGACUCCGAAAUCUGGGGUGAAAAAGGCUACUUCUUCGUCGCAAACGGCCGACAUGUCUGGGGUGAUUUGUCCCGGCUGAUCGCGAAAAAGGCAGCAGAGGCCGGUCACAUUCCAAAAGACUUCAAAGAACAAAAACUCAGCAAAGAUGAAGCAUGGGGUCUAGCAGACUUUCAAGCUCUGAGCUGGGGAUUGAAUUCACAGGGCAAAGCCGAACGAGCGCGCAAAGUACUGGGGUGGCAGCCGAGAGAAAUCAGCCUGGAAGAUGAGGUGCCGGCGAUUGUGGAGCAGGAGAAGAAGAGGCUCUCGUGAGCAACAACAACAACUCCUUCAAUGACAAAAGAUGGAAAGACCGUGCUCUGCUUCCGACUGCAGUGUACGAGUUCGCGCAGUCCGCCUUGACGAGAGUACCUUAUUGAGCAGAGAAUAAGUCGCUCGCGGGCUUGAAAAGAAUUCUGUCCUGCGUGGUCAGAUGGGGCCAGCAGCGAUGAGAUGAGGAUAUGAUCAGGAAAGCUGCGGCUGAACCAAGUGUUCCAGUUCCCAAGACCUGCUUAUUCCGAUGUCGAAUAUUCACGAAAUGAGCUGAAAGAAGUCUUGAAACAGACCCCGUUUUCUUCUUAUCACAUGAUGAUUUUUUUUUCCCAAAGAAAACUUUCACUCUUUCUCGUUUGUGAAUCUCGUAUAUUCAUUGACAUCUGUACAAUCAUAUACACAUACACCAU